GAGGGCUGUUUUGGUAAGCAAAACUGGAAGGGUCGGGAUCAUGACAAGCUAGCUAACAACAUAAAUGGGUUAACCUUGGCUCGCUAGUUAUUCACCGACGUCUAGCUAGCUAUUUUUCUAGACAACUAUUGAUUGUUAUUAUGAGUGUAUAUAUUUUCUCAUGCCAUCUUCUUGCUUGAUUAAACGGGACAUUAAGGACACCUGCUCUGUCCAUGACAUAGCUUUCACCUGGUCAGUCUAUGAUCUCUUGUCAUUUGUUAAAUCCUCUUCAACCGGUGUAGACGAAGGGGAGGACUGAGACCGGUUAAUAAGGACUUUUUAGACUUGAGAGAUGGAUUGUGUAUGUGUGCCAUUCAGAGGCUGAAUGGGCAAGACAAAAUAUUGAAGUGCCUUUUGAACGGGGUAGGGUAGUAGGUGCCUGGUGCACCGAUUUGUGUCAAGGACUGCAAAGCUACUGGGAUUUUCCACGCUCAACAGUUUCCUGUGUGGAUCAAGAAUGGUCCUCCAGCCAACUUGACACAACUGUGGGAAGCAUUGGAGUCAACAUGGAAGUCAGCAUCCCUGUACGACUCAAUAUUAGGACGGCGUCCUUAAUGUUUUCUACACUCAAUGCCGUAGCGCCUGACAGUGCCAAGAAUGUAACUGCUCUGCUGCCUUGCGAGGAGGAGUUUAACUGGUUGCUGAAAGAGGAGGUCCAUGCUGUUUUGAAGCAGCUCCAGGAUAUACUGAAGGAGGCAUCCAGGAGGUUCUCCAUUCCCACCCCAGGACUGGAGAACCAACUGAAACAGGAGAACUUCAUCCUGGGCAGCUCAACCAUGGACCAGGUGAAAGGAGUACUGACUCUCCAGGGAGAAGCCCUGACUCAAGCUGACAUCAAUCUGAAAACUGCUAAAAGCAACCAAGUGAUGCAUUUCACAUUCAGGGAUGAUAAGCACUGGAAAUUACAACAGAUCCAGGAUGCUAGGAACCAUGUGAAUCAGGCUCUGCAGCUGCUGAGUGGUAGAAAUGAGAGCUACCACUUUAAGACUGGGGCUGAGGUCAACAAGCUGAUGGACGCGGUGAUGCUCCAGCUGACCAGGGCUCGUAACCGCCUCACCACUCCGGCAGCUAUGACCCUGCCGGAGCUGGCCACCAGCGGCCUCAUGAAAAUGUUCACUCCUCCAAUGCCAGGCGAUGUGAUGGUGAACUUCUAUAUCAACCUGAGUAAGCUGUGUCUGACUGUCUACCAGCUGCACGCAAUGCAGCCCAACACCACCAAGAACUUCAAGCCAUCUGGAAGCUCCGUGUUACACAACCCCGGAGCCAUGUUCGAGCUGAACAAUGCUAAGUUUGAGGUGAGCCAGGUUCACAAGGUGGAGUGUGUUGUCCCCUGGCUCAACAACACCCUGAUUUUCUUCACCAUCUCACUGCAGCUCUGUCAGCAGCUCAAGGACAAGAUUUCCGUCUUCUCUAGUUUCUGGAACUACCGACCGUACUAACCUCCUGCAGCUAGCUGCCCAUCAGAAUGCCUAGGUGUUCUAAACCUCCUGCAGCUAGCUGCCCGUCAGAAUGCCUAGGUGUUAGCUGACCGUCAGAAUGCCUAGGUGUUCUAACCUCCUGCAGCUAGCUGACCGUCAAAAUGCCUCGGUGCUAGCUGACCGUCAGAAUGCCUCGGUGUUCUAACCACCUGCAGCUAGCUGACCGUCAGAAUGCCUCGGUGUUCUGUCCUCCUGCAGCUAGCUGACCGUCAGAAUGCCUAGGAGUUCUGUCCUCCUGCAGCUAGCUGACCGUCAGAAUGCCUCUGUGUUCUGUCCAAAUCCUUCACACAAACCAACCCAGAUAAAAGGGAUGUCUUGAAAAUAUUGUCUGAAUUGAAGUGGGUUUUGUUUGUAUAAUUUACAAGAGAACAGCCGGAUCAAAGUCCAUAUACAUUACCAGUGUUUAGUAUUCCAGGGUUUAGGGCCCAUCCAUGUGUUACAGCUGCUUUAAAUCAGUCCCAAAUCAACCCCUACACCCUAACCCCUAGACUACACUCCCUACUUGUGAAGAAAGUAUAGGGCUAAGCAAUAUGGUGGGGCUACUAUCCAAUACAUUCAGUGUUUCCCCUAGUUGGGGGUCGUUAGCGCAAUGAUUAGAAGUCUAUGGGAAUGAAUAUAGGGGAAACACUGCAUGACUAGAAGUCUAUGGGAAUGAAUAUAGGGGAAACACUGCAUGACCAGAAGUCUAUGGGAAUGAAUAUAGGGGAAACACUGCAUGACUAGAAGUCUGGGAAUGAAUAUAGGGGAACACUGCAUUCUGAUCUAGACAAGUAGGGACUAGGGGUUGAUUUAGGAUUGGGUGCAUGUAUCUCUUUGUGUGUCAUCUGUUGUAUAGUACUAACUAACUUGGACCUCCCUGUUGUAUAGUACUAACUAACUUGGACCUCCCUGUUGUAUAGUACUAACUAACUUGGACCUCCCUGUUGUAUAGUACUAACUAACUUGGACCUCCCUGUUGUAUAGUACUAACUAACUUGGACCUCCCUGUUGUAUAGUACUAACUAACUUGGACCUCCCUGUUGUAUAGUACUAACUAGGACCUCCCUGUUGUAUAGUACUAACUAGGACCUCCCUGUUGUAUAGUACUUACUAACUUGGACCUCGUUAUGAAUCAAUGGAUCAGCUUGUUGUUUUAGUCUGAAACACUUCUCUCGUUACUGAACUAACGUUCCUUAACUUGUAAGGUUUCUGACUCUAUAUUCUUUGGAAUUCCGCUUUUAUGUCAAGUGUAAAGGAAAACAGACAUUCCCAGCUUUUGAAGGGUAAACGUUCAUGCCUCCUCAACAAUAAGCUGUUAUUGUAUCAGUUAAUUUUAAUGUUUUUAUUUAUUCAAUUGUUUUAUUUUUGCACUUAUGUUACUUUGCCUUUGAUUCCCUGUGAAGUGAAGAUCCAUUCCAAUGUUGAACAAACAAUUAUUACUGCAAGUGUUUAAGAAUCUAUUUAGAGAUGUGUUGAAUAUGUUGUGGACCAUAUGAUCUAUUAUCUGUGCAAUAAAGAUGUUAUACGGGAGUGUUCGGUCAGUCAAUCGGGGACAGAUUCAAUACAAAAUAUGAUUUAAUCAUUUGAAUGAUACAAUGUACAUGUUUCAACAUUGAAUUAUAUUGUUAAUAUAAUUAACUACAUUAAAGUCAUUGAAUCAA